GUGCACAUUCGCUUUCCCAAAAUCUCUGCUCAAUCGAUCAAAAUCUGUACCGCCACUCCACCUCUAAUCCUCUAUAAAUGCACUCAUCCUUCUGAAGAACAAAACCAUUCAACGCAAUUGAAAUUUUUUGAGAGAAGUGAAGGAAAAAUGGCUGCGAUAGUACCGAGGAUGAAGCUGGGCUCGCAGGGUCUUGAGGUUUCUAAGCAAGGGCUGGGCUGCAUGAGCAUGUCUGCUUUUUACGGCCAGCCGAAGCCCGAGCCAGACAUGAUUCACCUCAUCCACCACGCCAUCAACUCCGGCGUCACAUUCCUGGACACCUCCGAUGUCUACGGACCCCACACCAAUGAAAUCCUCAUCGGCAAGGCUCUAAAAGGGAUAGCGAGAGAUAAAGUGCAAAUAGCUACAAAGUUUGGGAUAUCAACAAAAGAUGGGAAGAUGGAUGUAAGAGGUGACCCAGCAUAUGUGAGGGCAUCCUGUGAGGCAAGCUUGAAGCGUCUGGACAUUGACUGCAUUGAUCUCUAUUAUGCGCACCGUAUUGACAUUCGUGUGCCUAUAGAAGUCACGAUGGGAGAACUGAAGAAACUUGUUGAGGAAGGGAAAAUUAAGUAUGUUGGACUCUCAGAAGCCUCUGCUUCAACAAUCAGAAGGGCUCAUGCUGUUCAUCCGGUAACGGCAGUUCAAAAUGAGUGGUCAUUGUGGUCAAGGGAUUUAGAAGAUGAAAUUGUUCCUACUUGCAGAGAACUCGGUAUUGGAAUUGUCCCCUACAGUCCCCUUGGGCGUGGUUUCUUUUCCUCAGGUGCAAAUUUGAUACAAAAUUUGGGGGAGGGCGACUUCCGUAAGAACUUUCCAAGGUUCAAGCCAGAGAAUCUUGAAAGCAACAAGGUGAUAUUCGAAAGGGUAACAGAAAUGGCUAAAAGAAAAGGGUGCACCCAAUCUCAACUGGCGCUUGCUUGGGUUCAUCACAAAGGAGAUGACGUGUGCCCUAUACCCGGGACUACUAAAGUGGAUAACUUUAACCAGAAUAUUGGAGCUCUUUCUGUGAAAUUAAGUCCCCAAGAGAUGGCUGAGCUUGAGUCCUAUGCUUCAGCUGAGGUCGUAAAAGGAGACAGACAUGCUUUCAUGGCAACAACUUGGAUGAAUUCAGAGACUCCUCCGUUAUCGUCUUGGAAAGCUGAUCAGUGACUUGCUGUCCUCCAGGCUGAGGUAAUUGUACUCUGUGAUGUGAUCUUGUUCUGAGACUUUUCUAGUUAAUUUCUUGUAUUCACGCAUGGGUGUCUACUAGUUGUUACUUCCAAGUUAUGAGAGCUUGUAAGAGUUGGCAUGCGAAUAAAUUGGUUUCCCUCCCACGUGUCCAGGAAUUCAGUAAGUAUUAGUGUGAAUGUAUUAUCUUUAUGCAAUAACUAUAUAAUCUAUCUAUCUAUAUAUAUAUAUGUUGUUGCUUUUGUAUCAUGUUCAUUGGUUCAAGACCUUCUUCGCUGUUCGUAGCGAAAUCUUAAACAUUCA